GGGCAUUUACGACCAGUGAGCCCUUGUUACAUUACAGUGCUCUGCGCAAUCGGUUGAAGUUUGCAGCUGGUCGGAAUCUGACACGUCGACUGGUGCGUGGGGUCGUGCCGAACCGGCCGCAGAGGAAUAUGUCUGGGUUCAUCGACUUCGAUGCUGGACAUCGGGACCUGGUUACCGUUACCAAGUUCAACUUUUAUGGGAAUCGCAUCGUUACUGCAUCAUCUGAUCAUCGCAUGAAGGUGUGGGAUCAAAAGGAUGACGAAUGGCAGUUGGUAGAUACAUGGCGCGCCCAUGAUGCGGAAAUUCGCGAUGCUACUUGGAACGGCCCGUUUACUGGUCAACAUAUUGGCAGUGUGGGUGAAGAUAUGAAGUGCAAGAUUUGGCAAGAAGAUGUCACCCAGCCGCCAAAUUCGGGCCGGCGGUUCAGAUCCAUUUUCAGGAUGACGGCGCCAGACCGACAUCCAUUUGUCUCUAUGGACUUUCGCAACAUUGACCUUGAGACUUGGUUAGCUGUCAUCACCCGGGAUGGUUACUUGAUGGUCAUGGAACCUGUGAGUCCUGACACGCUUGCCGAUUGGCAACCUGUCGACCAGUUCAGAGUCUGCACGUCGCCGCAAAGAGGCGAGGAGACAAGUUUCAAGGUGCAGUUUCAUCACGACCCAACGGAUAUCACACAUUCCGUUCUGCCGAGCUCGGAUCGUAAAGGUCUGUCGCUCGUGGUAGCCGCCAUGGACACGGUCAAGAUCUAUCGUACAGACGCCAAUCGUCGCUUCUAUCAUGCCAUUGAGCUGACCGGGCACGGCGGACUUGUAAGGGAUAUUUCAUGGGCCAAUGGUUCUGUUAGAGGUUAUGACCUUAUCGCCAGUGGUUGCAAGGACGGCUUUGUUCGAGUAUUCGAGGUCUACACGGCUGUCGCCAAAAAUAAUAAUAACAAAGAUAACAAUGUGUUGGAUAAUACUAGCAAUCAUUACGCAGACAAAGCAACACAGUCACCGUCAAUUCGCGCGACCUCGCAGUCUGGAAUCGGGUCAGCUCUGGCCAGCCGUCCGUCAGAACAUACGAGUCGUCCAGCGACAGGGGUUUCGCCAUUCAAACACUCCUACAGAGAAGUUGCCUACAUUGACAGCAAGCAUUUGGAUGUGUGGCAAGUUGAGUUUUCAUAUGCUGGUGACUGCCUUAUUUCCUCUGGCGAUGAUGGAGUUGUACGGUUCUGGAAGAAAGCGUUGACAGGAGAAUGGCUCGAAUAUGCUGAAACCGACAUGGCAUAUCAGUAGCUAUGUCUAUAUUUGUCCGCUUUUCUAUAUACUGCCUUCGUGACAACGCUAGCGUUUCGUGGGUAUCUGUUGAGUCGGUAUAUGAGUACUGUGGGAGGUUUAUAUUGUCGUUUUGUUCUGAUUUUGUUGCAUAUGAUCGUGAUACCCAUACACAGUAAUUGACCCGCGAGAUCGAUAGAGAAACUAACUAUUUUUAAUAUCGG